AUGUCACUAAAAAAAGAAUCGCCGAGUUCUGUGACCAUUCUACAAGCAAUCAUCUUCAUUCAAUUCGGUCUGAGCUUCUCGAUCACUAUCCUCACAACCAUCGGAAUUGCAUUCGGGUAUCCUGUAGCUUCACAUUAUCUGUUGGCUCUUCUUCAAGUGAUCGUUGCCGUUCCUGGUAUCGUCUACAUUGCUCUUCAGAAGAAUAUCUGGAUCGCAGUGUACAUCAGUUUCCAACUGGUGACUGCUUCGUGUGAGAUCUACUGGUUGAUCUACAUGAUUUUCGACAAACAGUCUGCCGGUGCCUGGCUUGUACUCGCUUGUCUAACUUUUGUGAAUAUCGUGGCAGUUGUGAUUGCGAUAUGGUUCCGUCAGACUGUUCUCAAGGUUCCAUGCAAGAAGAAUAAUAAGAUCGGAGCAAAGGAUUUGGAUAUGAAAAGUGAGAAACCGGAUAUGAAAGUUCCGUCCACCUCAAUGAGCGAAGUGGAGAAAUCAAAAGGUGCUUCUUCCAAAUCGAAAUCGACCUCUUCGAUCAAAAAGCCUCCAUCUCGUUCCAUGGAAAGAUCGGAUAUGAGUGAGAAGUCAUCGAAAGGAAGUCUGAAAGUUCGAAAAACCAAAAAAAACAGCUCUCCAUCAAUGCCAUUGGAUAGUCGUGAGACGACUUCUCUCUCCAGAUCCUCUUCGAAAACCGCCGAUUUCAGUGAGAAGUGA